UGAACACUCAAGAUUGGAAGCACUUCAUUUAGCUGAAAAAUUAGGAGCUGAUUAUAUUGAUUUUGAGCUCAAGGGGAAUUGCUUGUUGAUCACUCACAUGGAAGGGCUUUCAUCUUGACUAGUUACAAUCUUCCCCCUCUUAUGGUAGGGAAAAUAUUAAUGAAGUUAAUGAAGCUGUCCAUCCAACAAGAGGGGCAGUUAUUUUUAAAAGAGGGAUGCUAGAGAAAUUAGAAGAACUUCCUAUAGAGUCUAUCAAUCCUGGUAAAAAAAACUGUCCAGAAGCAUCUAUUAUGUACUAAAAACUAGUAAAUGCAGUAAUAAUUUUCAUUCCUAAAUGCAUCAAAAGAUUAUAAACACAUGAAAAUUCACUGUAAUCCACCUAUUUGCACUAAAAUCAAAAGAGGUUAUGUUGAAGAGCAAGACAAAGGAUGGAAGUUUUGCAAUAUUGACAAAAAUUUUGAAAAUAUUCCUAUGUGAUAGACAUAAUGCUUACAAGGGGAAAUAAUCUGAAGUUUCUGAACAGGGUAAUUAGGAAAUAGACCUGGUUUCAUGGGUCUUGGUGGUUUUUCACAAGGCUACUGUAAAUGGAGCAAGAUCAGCAUGUCUAUGGAUCACCUUCUGUACAUUAUAAUAAUUGCUCUUCCUACACAGUCACCUCCUUGGAAUUAUCAAUCCAAAUUUCAAGUAUUCAUUCUGAUUCCGUAAAUCCUUAAGUUGAUGACAUUUCUAACACAAUAUGGUGUUCCUGAACCUAGUUAAUAAUGAAUUCUACAUAUAUUUGAAUCAGCAUUGGAAUCAAUUCCGUAAUAAUACUAAGAGUCAUUGUACACUGAUAUACUAAUGUGCGAAAAUUUUACAUUUGGACCAUUUAGAAAAACAUACACAACAAACACAUUAGUUGUUUUAUAUAUCUUUGCAAGGUCAUAUCAACAUUUAUAACCCACCUCUCUUUACUGGUGCUUAAUCUCACCUUAGUUGUCACUGUAUCAUUCUCUUAGGUAGUUAAGAAGCUGAGGAAUUAUGUUCUACCCUCUCCUUUUAAGUAAUGGACGAGUGAUCAUUUAAUAACCAGUAGGGAAUUUGAUAGGUUCCCUGGCUUUCCAUUGUGCAAUGCCAGGGAUGAUCCAGAAAUAUGCAUGCAAGUAUGAUUUCCUUCUUCUUGUCUUUUAUUUUUUACUUUUAUAUUUUUGGAUCUCUUCAAAAAGGAAAUUUAAAGACGGGGGGAUUGCCAACCACUCUUCAUCUGAAUAACCACAAAUGAGAUAUGUAGUUUCUCCUUGGCUGAACUGUCAUUGAUUUCUGUGCAUCACAGAUAAGUCAUCGGGAAGGCCUUGAGGUCUAAUUCUUUAAUUGAUGCUUUCCUGACAAUCAUUUCACAUGAACCUGAACUGUAAGAAUGUGCAGGUGGCUUCUGAUUUCUUAGGGAAACAGAAGAUGGAUCAGCAUAGCAGUAGCAGAACAAUAGUGUCAUGCUAUGUGGAUGGUGUGACCCCUCCAAUAGAAGAUCUCAUCUGUCGUGUUGCACUUUUGCAAUCUACUGGAGCAGAUAUGAUCAAACUUGUCAUCAAUGCAACUAAUAUUACAGAAAUAACCAAGAUUUUUCAUUUGCUUUCACAUUGCCAGAUGCCGCUAAUAGCCUACUCAAUUGGGGAUAGAGGUUUUAUGAGCCAGAUAUUGUGUCGAAAAUUUGGAGGUUUUCUAGUCUAUGGAUCAAUGGAAGGAAGUCCGGUGGCUGGCCUGCCUACUUUAGAGAGCCUUAGAGAAGCUUACAAAGUUCAGUAUAUAAACAAGGAUACUAAAGUUUUUGGGCUCAUCUCAAAACCAGUUGGCCACAGCAAAGGCCCUAUUUUGCAUAAUCCUGCCUUUAGACAUGUGAACUACAAUGGAAUCUAUGUUCCAAUGCUGGUUGAUGAUCUCAAGGAAUUCUUUAGCAUUUACUCAAGCCCUGACUUUGCUGGUUUUAGUGUUGGGAUUCCAUACAAGGAAGCUGUAACUGGAUUUUGUGAUGAACUUCAUCCACUUGCUCAGUCUAUAGGUGCUGUUAAUACUAUUAUGCGGAGGCCUAGUGAUGGGAAGCUGAUUGGUUAUAAUACAGAUUGUGAGGCUUCCAUAACUGCAAUUGAGGAUGCUCUGAGAGAAAGGGGAUUGCCAAAUGGAGAAGCACCCCUUAAUUCACCACUCACUGGAAAACAGUUUGUGCUAGUUGGUGCUGGAGGUGCAGGACGAGCACUGGCCUUUGGUGCUAGAAGUCGGGGAGCACAGCUGGUCAUUUUUGACCUUGAUUUUGAUAGAGCAAAUUCACUUGCUCAUGCGGUUUCUGGUGAAGUUAAGCUUUAUGAAGAUGUGGCCAACUUCCAGCCUGAGAAAGGGGCAAUCCUUGCAAACGCAACACCUGUAGGAAUGCAUCCAAAUACAGAUCGAAUUCCUGUGGCUGAGGAGACCCUGUCGGAUUACCAGCUUGUCUUUGAUUCUGUUUACACACCCAGAAAAACGAGAUUAUUAAAAGAAGCAGAGGCUGCUGGAGCCAUCAUUGUGAGUGGUGUCGAAAUGUUCCUUCGUCAGGCCAUUGGCCAGUUCAAUCUCUUCACUGGUGGAGAAGCACCCGAAGAGUUCAUGAGGGAGAUUAUUUUAUCAAAGUUCUGAUACACUGCCUCAUGCAAUAAAUAUUGUAUCAUGAACAGUUCUUUUCAAGAUUGAAUCUACAAUCAUCAACCAGUAAACCAAAGAUGAGAAACUAAUGCAACUCCUUUGUGAGAUUGAUUUAGUUGGAGCUAGUAUAUGUAUGACAAUCUUUAUACAUGAGCUUCCAAGCACAUUUCAAUAAGGGUUAUUUGAUUAAAA